CGCCUCGCAAUUGAUUUUUGUUUUCGUUCGCCAGUUUCAGCGUUUGGUUGUUACUACCAAACCCGGUCAUUUACAAAUAAAUAGCAAAAAAUCCGACUAAUUUUAACCAGAGUGUGUUUAAGUGUAAUAAAGCCCAAGAUGAAAGUCACCUUGGUUUUAGCUGCAUUCUGUGUGGCAGUAACAUAUGCUGAACCUGCCAUUAGUCAAGCCAGAACUACUACCACCACCUCCACUAAACCUGGCAGAUUUUUGUCACUGCCCGUACCCGCCAAAUGUGCCAGCCGUCCCAAGGAAUUCUCUUAUCGUGGCAAGAACAUGUUCUUGAGUUCUCAUGUACCCGCUUUGGCCAACAAGAAAGUCGAUUGGUUAGAUGGUCGUAACUUGUGCCGUGAAUACUGUAUGGACUUGGUUGCCUUGGAGACCCAAGAAAAAAAUAAUCUAAUCUUCCGUGUUAUCCAACAAAACGAUGUUCCCUAUAUCUGGACUGCCGGUCGUAUCUGCGAUUUCAACGGCUGUGAAAAUCGUCCCGAUUUGGAACCCAAGAAUGUUUAUGGUUGGUUCUGGUCUGCAACUCGCGAGAAGAUCCAAGCCACCAACCGCAUUCCUCAAGGCUGGGGCUACAAUCCUUGGUCUCAAACCGGCCACAAGAAGCGUCCUCAACCCGACAACGCCGAAUACGACAUCAACCAGACCAAGGAACAAUGUUUGUCUGUCUUGAACAAUGUCUACAAUGACGGUAUCGCAUGGCACGAUGUGGCCUGUUAUCACGAGAAACCCUUCAUCUGCGAGGAUAACGAUGAGUUGUUACGUUAUGUUGCCGCUACCAAUCCUGGUAUUCGUCUUUAAAUUUAUUACCUACUGCAAGGAGGAGAAGUUUAUUUUUAUUUUAUUUUUUGUUUUUAUUUUUUAUUUUAUAAAGAAAACAAAAUAGACUUUAGAAUUUAUAAAACAAAAAACAAAGAAAACCACAAAACAUUUUUUACUAUUUUUUUUAAAAAAAAACAACCAAACAUAUUCUCUCACUAUUUUUUCUAUUCGUUUUGCGAAAUUCCACAAUAUUUCUUUUCAAUUAACUGCCACUUUAUAGAAAAAAUAUGAGUUUAAACGAUUAUUGUAUUAUAUGCAAAACAUUUUUUUAUUUGUUGUAAAAUAUUUAUUAGUUCAAUACUGUAUAGAGGAAACAAAACAAAACGAUAAAUACUGUAUUUCUUUCAUUCAGAUUUAGCUAUUUUUCUCCAAACAACAAAAAAAUUGUCUUUAUUUUACUAAUUUGUAACUGUUUGAAAUUGAAAAAAAAAAUAUUAAAAAAACUACAAAAAAAUCAAUAAAAUUAUUAAAAACAAAA